AUGGAAGCAAAUGAUUCCAAUAGCUUAUUACAAGCUGGGAUCACUUUUUUAAGGACUUUUAUGCAAGAAAAUAUUUCUGGGCCGCCCUUAAAUCUUCCUCGUACAAACGCAGAAAAUUUAUAUCCGUUUUUAUUGAAUUUUCAAUAACUCUCCCUUAAUAUUGAUAAAAUUUCAUUUUGGGGUACUUUUUACCCUCCUUUAAAUUGAAACAAUUUUUUUUACAAUAGAAUUUUUUAUAGGUAAAAAUGUUAAAUUUUUAUAAAAUUAGUUUUAAUUUAAUUUAAUGGAAAAAGUGUGCAAGCGAACACUUUUUAAACUAAUCAAUUAAUUUUUCAUAAAAAUAAAAAUAAAUUAAAAUUCAAAAACUCAUAUUCAAUUUAUAUUUUUUAAUAUAAAAUUUCUUUAAAGAGAAACAAUUUUCUAAACAAAACACUAACACCCCAAAAUUGGAUCAGGAUUUUUAAUGACGAGGGACUAAAUCUUUUUUAUUAAUUAUAUAUAAUAUACCUAAGCAUAUCACUUGACGGUGAAGAUGUGAUUACUUAUAUUUUAGGCAGUGAAAACUUGUCCAAUGCCAGAGAUAUUUUUAUUAAUCAGUUUUCCUCAAUCGAGCCUCUUCAAGAUUCUUAUCUCUGGAGAGCUCGCUAUGCAUUUCUCCAUCAACAAAUAUUGACUCACCAAGUCGAAUCUCUUAAAUCCCUCUCUUUAUCAUCAUAUGAAAAAGCAUUAUCUCACGAUUUUCCACCAUCAGAGAAAGCUCUUUUAUUAGUAGAAUACAGUAGGUGUUUACUUUAUUAUUUGCAAUAUGAGCAAUCUGAGCAGGCUUUGCUUCAGGCUCAAGAAUUGGCUGGUUUAUCUUUUAAUUUGACUGGGAAAUUAGGUGUCAGGACAAAAUUCCAGACUUUUAAGACAGCUCAGCUUGUGCUGGAAACCAGAAGUUCUGAAGAGAUCACAAAUGUGGCAGCAGAAGCACCAGUCUCAAUUAAAUUGGAUGAGGAUUGUCCACUUCAUGAGACUCCUCAAUUAUUUCCAUUAUACUGAAUCACUAUAUAGAUAUUUUAUUUAAUUAAAAAUAAUUUUUUAAAUAAAAAAACAGUAUAGACCAACCUUCAUUAGAAAAUUGUUCUAUUGCAGAUCAAAUAAUUUUGCUAGCUUGGGUGAAUUAUUUCUUUAAAACUAAGCCAAAAGAUGAGCUUCAAACAGAAAUCAUUGCAAGCUAUCUAGACAAAAUUCUAGAAAAGCCUUUAAAUUGGCUUGUUUAUUCUGAAGCUUUGUUAUAUAGGUCAAAAAAUCAAUUUGAAAGCUACAAGCACAAAGAAAGGUCUGCUUUACAAAUCCAAACCCUUUUAGACCAAUUCUCCGACGAAAGCCCAGACGUGGUAGAAAGGCUUUCCUACGUAUUUUCCUUAAAUUAUCCUCUAAGACACUGGCUAAAAGUCGAGCUCGGCGAAAUGUUUAUGAAACUUGGCGCCCCUAUGAGCGCUUUCCAAGAAUUCGAAACAGUCGAAAUGUGGGAAGACGCCGUCGAAUGCUUAAUUAUGAGCAAUUAUUCAGGAAAAGCUGAAAAACUUGCGAAUGAAAGACUAAGUAUCCACAAAACCCCACGAAUGUUAUGCGCAUUAGGCGAUAUUUCAAGAAACCUUGAAUGCUAUUUAGAAGCCUGGGAAAUUUCUAAUCAUAGAUAUACAAGGUCUCAAAGGUCCCUGGCCAGAAUUUCAUUCGAUGAAGGAAAUUUCGAAAAAGCUAUAGAGCACUAUAAGCUUGCCUUAGAAAUUAACCCACUUUAUGCGAAUUGCUGGUUUACCUUAGGGUGUGCACAAAUGAAGCUGCAGAAAUGGGAGGAUGCAGCUUUAAGCUUUAGAAAGCUGGUACAUGUAGAUGGGACUAUAGCUGAAGGUUGGAAUAACUUGGCAGCAAGCUAUAUACAGAUGGAAAAAUAUGAAGAAGCUUUUACAGCGAUGUAUCAUGGUGUGAAGUAUGACAGAAUGAACUGAAAAAUGUGGGAAAACCUAUUAAUUUUAAGCAUACAAGUCCGGAAAAUCUCACAGACCAUUGAAAGCAUAAGGAGCUUGUUAAGGUUAAACCAAACAAGAAAUAUUGACGAAAAGGUAUUUGUCGCCUUGAAUUGGUAUAGUAAUGAAACUCAGAGGUGGCAAGAAGUUGAAAAAGUUUAUAGCGAAGUGGUAAAUAAGAUCAGCAUAAAUGGAAGAAGCUGAAAAUGCUACGCAGAUUUUGUUGAAAUGUAUCAAGGUAUAAAUGAAGAUUUUAGCAUAGAGAGAGUGCUGAAUUUAAGGCUAAAAGCAUGUAGAGCUGUAUUGGGGACUCCAAGCUGGGAAAAGGAUAGUAAUUUGUGUAGUGAUCUUAUUUUAUUUGGGACAGAACUUGCAGAGUGCUAUAAAAGAGUCAAUGAAAAUAUGAAAAUUGAAGGAAGACUAUUCAUAGAGAAUAUAAAAAAGAAAUUUGAAGAAAAACUAGAAAAAGAAGUAGAGUUCCCUAAUUUUUAA